AAAGUGCGCUGUCUGCAUUCACAGAUAUAAUCCACAGACUAUACCACUCCGCUCCUAUUCUCGACCACGUGAUUGUCUAAAUAAUUAAUGCAGCACGUCCCCCUAGAAACACGGCCGUCGUCAUUAAUCGCAGGACUCUAUCAGACUUGAAACUGAAGAGAUCCCCCAGAAAAUAAUAUCCAUACACGGCUGCGCUUUUAGCACCACAUCCCGAACCGAUGGAUGCUUUGGUCGACGUCGAGCAGUGAUGAAUGCGUGAGGAUUAUAACACAGUUUUUCACAUAUUUUGGUCACAUACUGGAGAGACGGUGGGAAACACCAAUCACGUGAAAAACAACACUCAUGCUAUUGGAUACAUUUGCAGCGGCUUUUUGGCUUUGAACCCCCCCCCCCCCCCCCCCAAAAUGCAGAAAGCUACUUACUACGAUAACUCUGGACUUUUUGGAGGCUACACGUACCCAAAAGCAGACUCUUACAACUACGGCCCCGCUCACCAGUCCUACCCCAGCUCUAAUCUCGACAACGAGUACCAGGGCCCGGUAUGCCCCAUCCAGACCUCCGCAGUCCGGCCACCAGCUCUCAAAGACAAUGAGCUGAACGGAGACUGCAUGCGCCAAAGCGCCAGUCAAAGUAACAACAAUAACAACAACAAUGGCAGCCAACCGCCGAGUAUCGGGGAGCAGCAGCCACCUCCACUGUCCGCCUCCUCCCCCGGCUCCAACAGCUCCCAGAAGAAGAAGUCCCCACCCAACAACGCCUCCGGUACCGGUACGCCGGCCCUCACAAAGCAGAUCUUCCCCUGGAUGAAAGAAUCCAGGCAAAACUCAAAGCAGAAAAGCAACAACUGCGCCGCCGCAGGUGAGGUGAGCGAUGAAAAGAGCCCACCCGGACCUGCGUCCAAACGGGUCAGAACUGCGUACACCAGCGCGCAACUAGUGGAGCUGGAGAAGGAGUUUCACUUCAACCGCUAUCUUUGUCGCCCGCGGCGAGUGGAAAUGGCAAAUUUGUUGAACCUGACCGAGCGCCAAAUAAAGAUCUGGUUUCAAAACAGGAGGAUGAAAUAUAAAAAGGACCAGAAAUCUAAAGGGAUCGCGCAUUCUCCCCUGGGGCACUCCCCGGAUAGAAGCCCGCCGCUGAGCGGCCCGAAUCACAUUGGAUACACCGGCCAGCUGCAGAACAGCCUCAGCUAUGACGCGCCCUCGCCCCCGCCGUUUGCCAAACCCCAACAAAACAUGUACGGCUUGGCCGCGUACACGGCGCCACUGGGCGGCUGCAUCCCGCAGCAGAAGCGGUACCCGGGCUCCGAGUACGAACACCACGGCAUGCAGAGCAACGGCGGCUUUGCCAACGCCAAUUUGCAAGGCAGCCCAGUGUACGUGGGUGGGAAUUUUGUUGAUUCCAUGCCAGCCUCGGGCCCCAUGUUCAACCUCGGCCAUCUUCCCCACCCGUCAUCCACCAGCGUGGACUACAGCUGUGCCGCUCAGAUCCCGGGGAACCACCACCACGGACCGUGCGACCCGCACCCCACCUACACAGACCUCACGUCUCACCAAGCGUCUCAGGGAAGGAUUCAAGAAGCGCCUAAACUCACACAUUUGUAGUGAGUGGCUCCUGUGUGCGCGUGUGUGCGUGCUUGUGCGUAUGCGUGUGUGUGUGUGUGUGUGUGUGUGUGUAUUUGCCAAAAUUAGGUUGCGCUCUUCUUUUUUUUUUAAUUACCUCACUAGUCUAAUAACAACUCGGAGCGAG